CAGAGAGGAAGAUGAGGGUUCUAGACUAUGUUGGGGUUAGCGUUUGAUCUGCAAGGGCCGAACAUAAAAUAACAUGCUUCUUUUUUUUUACAGUAUGAUUGAUGUGUUGUCAGUACAUGUAAGUGGCCAGGCUGUGGCCAGCUUAAGUAUGGUUGAUGAUUGGGUUAGCGCGGGUUAUGAAAUUAGAGUUAUCAUACGUCGAGAUUAUCGGUUACCUACUUACUCUACAUACCUAUGUGUACCUAGUACGAAUAGAUGUAAACAAUAACGUUAUAGAGCUCUUGAGGUUUUUGACUGUUCCCUACACAAGCUCCUUGCUUGUGGGGCACGUGGUAGAAUGCGUUUAUAGAGUCAAUUGCCGGAUAUAUCUGCUCGCAAGACGCUAUGCGAUAUGAUAGUAAGUAUUCUUCAUAGAGGUAGAGGAGAAGGAUAAG